CAAUGACCGACUAUGGCUAUGGAACAGGCGACGAGGAGCUGGCCGAAGUCAGAAAGCUAGAAGCCGAUGUUCAGGCCAGCCCGGACGAGUUUGAGAACUGGGAGAAGUUGGUUCGCGCGGUAGAAGGUCUUGAGGGUGGUCUGAACAGAAACUCGAGUCCUCAAGCCAUCACGGCCGCCAGAAGCAUCUACGAUCGCUUCCUCGCCAAAUUUCCCUUGUUCUUCGGAUACUGGAAGAAGUACGCCGAUCUGGAGUUCGCCAUUGCUGGCACCGAGGCUGCUGAGAUGGUCUACGAACGCGGCGUCGCCAGCAUUGGCAUCUCGGUCGAUCUCUGGGCCAACUACUGUAGUUUCAAGGUUGAGACAACCCACGACGAUAGCAUCAUUCGAGAGUUGUUUGAACGAGGCGCUACCUGUGUCGGCCUAGACUUCCUAGCACACCCUUUCUGGGACAAGUACAUUGAGUUCGAGGAGCGACUCGAGGCUCAGGAUAAGGUCUUUGACAUCCUCAGUCGCAUCAUCACCAUCCCCAUGCAUCAGUAUGCUCGCUACUUUGAGAAAUACCGCCAACUGGCAGCUUCUCGCCCAUUGUCUGAACUGGCACCCGCAAAUCUCCUCAGUCAAUUCAACGUUGAGCUCGAGUCUGAAUUGAAGGGAAAGAGCCAGAUCGAAGUGGAGCGUGCAAUCCGUGCUCGCCUGGAUACCUACCACCUCGAGAUCUUCCACAACACUCAAACCGAGACGACCAAGCGCUGGACUUACGAACAAGAGAUCAAGCGCCCAUACUUCCACGUGACCGAACUCGAUGAAGCGCAACUCGAGAACUGGUCAAAAUAUCUGGACUUUGAAGAGAGUGAGGCCGACUACACGCGCAUCGCAUUCCUGUAUGAGCGUUGUGUCGUUACAUGUGCCCACUACGACGAGUUUUGGCAGAGGUACGCCCGCUGGAUGUACAACCAGGACGGCAAAGAGGAGGAAGUUCGCAAUAUCUUCCAGCGCGCGAGCUGCAUCUACACACCGAUCGCCAGACCUGCCAUCCGUCUCCACUGGGCUCUCUUCGAGGAAGCCUGCAGCAGGCCGUCUGUUGCUGCUGCGAUCUAUGAAGCUAUCCUUGUCACCUUGCCUGGAAACCUCGAAGCCAUCACUCGCCUGGCUAAUCUCCAACGUCGACAGAUUGGUUACGAUGCCGCUGUCCAAGUUUAUGACCAAUACCUCGCUGAUGCUGAGUGCUCAGCUGACGAUAAGGGUGCGCUUGUCGUGGAGAUGGCUCGUUUGGCCUGGAAAUCGAAGGGCAACGCAAUCGAGGGACGUGACAUCCUUUCGCGUCAGCAGAACGUUUUCCUUGAUAGCCCAUCCUUCUGGGCAGGCUACCUCAGUUUCGAGAUCGACCAGUCAACGACUAUCGAGGCUGCGGCCGAACAAGCAGAGCGUGUGAAGGCGCUGCACAGCACUAUCCGCAACAAGACUCGUCUGACCGCUGAUAUCAUCAAAGACCUUUCUCAGAGAUACAUGGCCUAUCUCACCGAGAAGCAGAGCAAACUCGCAGCUAGAGAGUACCUCGAACUGGACAUGCUAGUGAAUGGCCCUGUGUCGGUCGUUACAGCUGGAAAACUUGCUGCUAAAGGAUCAGCUGCU